GGUAUUUCUACAGCGUACAAACUGGUAAUGAUGGGAUACUUUUUUCGGGGACUGGAGCUGCAUGAACAGUGGAUCUAGGAGUAAAUGUUCAUUCGAUCUCACAAAGGGGAUGUAUUUGAAGGGUCAUAGAGAUAACCCAGUUUUAUUUAUAUAAGCGGAUGGCCUGGAGGGGUUGUUUUUAUUCGCAGACAUAGUAUUGUGAAAAGCAUAAUUUGUUUUGUUUUAGUGCUUCAUCGAUGUAAUUCCGAUCCUAGCGCCAGUACAUCUUGGGAACAGGUGACAGCUGACGUCCUGGUUGGCUUUGGAGGUGUACUUCACUGCAGACUAGCGUUGCUUGAGAUCAUAACAAUCUAUUACAUAAUAUGGCUUGCGCUACUCUAAAAAGAAGUCAUAACUUUGAAAUUUUGGAGUCUACGUGUUCGAAAAGAAGACGGUAUCAGACACUUUCUCCAAAUUGCAAUACGGAAGUAACUGCAUCUGAGUCCCCGUUUAUUCCCAAGCAGUUGUCAACCCGGAACUUUUGAUUUCAUAUAUGAGGAAACACAGCUGUUUGUAUAGGUGAUUUUAGGUUACCAACCUAGAUUAUACUGGUGUCACGUUAUGUUUUCGUAUUUCAGAUUUAUUGGGUUACUGGCCUAUAAUUCGCCGAAAUGACAGCGCUAGCAGUCUCCUCUUUCAAAACAGACGGUUUCCAUGACACUGACAGGCAUUGCAGUUGAGUAUAGGGCGUGUGUUUCUGAUAUGUUUUGAAGUACUAUGUGAUUGUUGACAAGAUAUGUCCAUCUAUGUGCCGGUUCGUAUUACGGAUUAUGAGAUAUCUAAAAGGAUGACAGCCCAAGGUCAUCUGUAGGUAUUUUGUUGAAUUUAACCGCUAGCGGAUUUGAUCCUAAUGUCCAUCUAAUGGUUUCUUCCAUCCGAGAACCUCAACUGAGAAGUCUACACUUCCGCACCUGGCGUAAACCAAUUUUUGUGGAUAUCACUGACUGUCGCCAUAUUUUUUAGUUUGACCGCCACCACAGGUUGCUGUAUGGAACAUAGUGACUAUAACUUCUGCCCUUUUAUGCUAAGUCCUACGUUGAAAACUCAGUUAGUCAUCCUGACUAGUGAUAUACUUUUCUGUUAUGGGCUUAUAAUACUACUUGGUUGUUUGAAAUUCUGUUCAGAGCGACUAGAAGUUGAUUGCAGGAAUCAAUACUGUAAUAUGUACACCGCAUUUGUAUUGAUAACAUCCUCAAUCCUGUUAUUCUGUGGUAGCUCAUAUGACAAUAUGCGUGUAAAUCCAUUUAGUGAAGUAUUAAGUUUCAUAAGGACUAUCAUUUAUUCAUUUAAACGCAAGAAAAGAAAGAUGAGCUGCACAAUAAUAAUAAACCAACAUAGAUCAAAAGUAAAAAUAUAAGUAGGAAACGGAUGAAGAAAUUCAUCUGAAAGGAAAACAGUCAUGCUUAAUAAGUUCAAAUAGUAUUCGUUAACUAUCACCGGGAAGAUAAGAAAGAAGGAAAUUGCAACACGUUCGCCAUUGAUUACGAUUCUUGGCCAUAUCCGAUAACGUUUCGAGCUAUCUCGCGGACCUCAACCAGAGAGUCGUAACACACCAACCGAUGCUAAUCUAGCACAAACAUCCUUCAUCCCACGACACCACGUCAUGGACUGAUCACCCGUCCACCUCUUCCAUCCUAUCCCAGGGCUAGCGAGCAAAGACCUCUACAGAAGCCUGCGGAGUCGGUGUUUCCAGAUGACGACACUCAAUGAAUGGUGAUUUCCACUGUGUUCAAACACUCCCCUGAACCUCAGAAUUCAUAAGAACGCCUAAGAAUUAUUAGGCGUUUUCUGAGCAGAUAUCUCACUUAAAGCUUUUACGAAUUCUCAUUGUCUUCAUACUUACGAAUUUCCAGUAAGUUCCCAAGCUUCUAAUUCAUGGUGUUUUAUGUCAAUUUUAGCCCAGCUAAAGCGUCGCAUCAAAGAAGAAAUUAAACGCCUACAGCGACGACGUUUGAUUCCGCGGUUCUUAGGUGGUCCACCACCAGCAAUAAGUACGACAUUCACUAGUCAUUUGCAGGAUAAUGUAGCGGUUGCCUCAUGCAGUGGUAGUUUCCGAUCCAUGGUUUUGCGAUCACCUACUACAGACAGUCAAGAUUCAGACAGUGACCAGUCACCCUUGCGUAACAGUGAGCCCGCGUUCCCAACACUUGGCACUACCUCUGUUCCUUCCUCUCAGUCACCUUCGCAGUCUGUUCGUAAUUUGGAUUCAGUGCCUAUCUUCACCUUGCCACAAGUUACAGCUCUUUGCGAACGCCUUAUGAAAGAACGAGAAGACGAGUUACGAGAGGAAUAUGACGAUAUAUUAUCAUGUAAAUUAGCUGAACAAUAUGAAGCAUUUCUGAAGUUCAAUCAUGAUCAGCUUUGUAGCCGAUUCCAAAACUCUCCGAUGAGUUAUGUAUCUUGAGAUUAUUGUUCGCAAUAGAACUUACUGAUUGCCUUCCAUCUGCUACAGUGGUAUUCAAACUUCGUUGAAUUCAUAUGAACUUCUCUUUCCCCCUUGUAACUUUGCUGUUUUCCUAUCCUUCAAGUGUUUCUUAGAAAUCUUCUUUCCUGUGUUUGCAAGUCACAAAAUAUCAUCGUGUAUGUACUUCUGCCGUAGAAUUCCUUAUGACUAUUAUGCAGUGUAUUGCAUGUACUGAAAAUUAUCAGACUGAUGCUCAACUAGUUCAGUGUAAACAUUUGUAACUCAUACUCUACCUGUGAUUACGAAAGUUAUGCACUCUGCAUCUCUUCUCUACACUUUCUCUGUGAUUCGUAAAUUAUUUGCGAUAACAGUUUGAAGUCUUUUUGAUCUCAAGCAAAUUUGACAAAUCUUAAGGCGAUAAAUGUGAUCAUUGUGAAGUCUUAAUCUUUUUAAUUUCUAAGGGUGGGUUUUAUUUGUUCUGCUUUCUGACAGUGUGACACCUUAUAACUACGCAGUUGGGUACACUCAUGUUUUGGGAAGGUAAGUGGCUACUUCUAUUGCGAAAUUCCUUUUGGUUUCGAAAUCAUUUUGACCAGUAAAAAAAUGUAGUGUCGCGAGGUUUUUGAUUUGAGUUAACUGCGAAUUUCGUAUUCACUUUCGGAAGUAUAGGCGCUGUUACUUCUGGGCCUCAAAUGAAGUCUUCAUCCCCAGGCUGAAUACUUCAUCUGUGUAUCAAAACAGGAGGAGAUACUAUGAUUUAGUGUUUUUCAG